GUUCACGUGAAAAAGUUCAUAUUUCCGCUCAUGAGUGAGUUACAUGAUUCCGUGGAAUCAUCAUAUAUGUAAUACUCCUAUAUUGCUAGAAGAGUGUUGACCGUCAGCCCAAACAUUACGGUGCAGACGUACAGGUAUAAUAGCCUCUCUCUCGCGAACGGCCCAGCUGAUUUGUGCGCAUGCGGUUACAUUUUUUAAAACACCAUUAGGCGCGAUUUUCACAUAACCUGUUUUCGUGAUUUGUGCGUGUGUGCGACGGUAAACAACGCAUAUUAUAAGCGUCCCAAGUGAGACAAACCAAAGAAAAAAUUUACAAUGGUGCGAAUUUGUUUUUUGUGUCAGAAAAAGGCAGCAAAGGAUGGAAAUUUUGCAAUGCACAAAUUUCCAAAAGAGGUGAGCAUUCGGGCACAGUGGUUACAUGCCUGCAAAUUAUCUGACAAGGACAAUGUGAUACAUGUACACAUUUGCUCCGAUCACUUUGUACCAAGUGAUUAUAAAAAUAGCAUAGGACUGUGUAGCAGAAAGUGGUUAUUGAAACCAGGAGCAGUGCCUUCCGUUAAUGUGCCAAAUCCUCCAGCUGCCGAAUUGCAGUUUCAGUCAACAUCUGAGAUUAUAAUGGACGAGACACGAUUAGAGCCUUCUAUUGAUGUUCCAAAUCCUUCAGCUGCCGAACUGCAGUUCCAGUUAACAUCUGAUUAUACAAUGGACGAGACACAAUCAGUGCCUUCUAUUGAUGUUCCUCCAGAUUUCACAUCAGUUUCAAAUGUAGGAGAACUGGAAUUUUCAACAUCCAAGAAUGUGAUGGAUGAGACACGUCACGAGAAUGAACAGCUGCAUACUCCUCCGAAGAAACGGAGAUUUGCAGAACCUCAGUUCAUAUCAGACAUUGUAAGCUCCGAUUUUUCAACAGCGAAAAGGACUCGAAGAGUCAUUGCUAUGGUGAACAAAAUCCAUAAUAAAAAACGUAAUUUGAUCCACAAUCUGCAGAAAAAAAAUCGAGAGCUGUGUAAACGCAUUACCACUUUAGAAGAAAUGGUAACGCAUUUGCGUAAAGAAGCAUUAAUAUCAGAGGAAGGUAGUGACGCUUUAAUGGUAUAGUAUCUAUCGAAAUAACGACAAAGGUUGA